UUGAACUCACAUCACAGUUCCUGAUAGCCGCAUAUCGUCAGUCAGUGGCCGGAACUGUAAAACCGUCUCAUCCCACUCCCGCGCGAGAGCAAAUUUACAGCGCACUUCAGCUGCACGAGACAAACAGCAGCAAUUAUCUCGCGGGAAAGAAAGAGAGAAAGAAAGAGCGCGCGACACCAAACAUACGGCAGAUCGGCGACGCGAGCUCUGAGAACAAACAAGCUGAGCUUUCACAGUCCACAGUAAUUUCUGGCUCAAGGAGGAGGAGGAGGAAUAAAAAAGACACUGACAUCUCCAGCAAAUGUGAAGCUUGAGAGACGCAUUGUGAUAUGGAGCUGCGAAGGUUUUCAUGGUGCGGUUGAGGACGUUUAAAGGAACAGCGUUUAAACGACACUUCAUCUUGUGGACCUUUUCUGACAGGUCAUUGUUUUAAACGCCGACGUUUUUUAAAUAGGACUACGUGUUGAAAAGGACUUUUGGUCGCCUCAACAAGUUUUUUUCUGCUCCGAUUGACUAUAUGAGAUCUCCGAGCUUGUCUUCUCCCUCACCUUUAAGGAACUGUUUAUGAACGGUCAUUCAGGAUGUUGGUAACUCUGCAAAAAAGGAUAUAAAAAGUGGAACAUUUUUCUUUUAUCAAGAAUUCGACUAGCGUGAGACAAUACGUGUUACCACAGGGCAUUUGUUGUUUUCCUAUUAAUUCUCGUAUAAGACGCAAAAAGUCGUCGAAAGUCACUUCACGGAUUCCCUAACAGUUCGUUUAAAACUCCUUCAUAAAGCUCGUGCACGUCUCGUUCAAGCAUCGUCACUUCUGCAGAUGUGCUCUGGUUCAAUUUUAACUAUCGUGUAGGGUGUUGAUGGAGAGCCUUUCGAAUGACAGCCGGGACAGUGGUAAUCACAGGUGGAAUUCUAGCUACAGUAAUCUUACUGUGCAUUAUCGCUGUACUGUGUUACUGUAGGCUGCAGUACUAUUGCUGUAAGAAGGAGGAGUCGGAGUCAGAGGAGGAGGAGCCUGACUUCGCCGUCACGUCUCGUAUGCCGCCGGUGCAUUCAAACCACAACAUCCUGGCAGCCGCGGUUCCUACAGCAACCACCCCCAAUGGCCCUGCCCUCUUUACCCCCCCACCGGCUCGAAAACUGACCCGCUCACAGACAUACUGUCCAUCCUGCACACAUUACGACCUGCCGUUUUACCUGCAGCAGCCAGAUGGCCUGCGGAAUGGCGGCGAACGCAUUAGCUACCGCGGAAUGCAUCAACAGGAUUUGGGUCUGCCCACUCCGCUGCCUGUCCAAUUGCCUACCCCUAUACCCACCCCACUGCACAGCCAGCUGCCAACGCCACUACCCAACUACCACAAACUAAACCUCAGCCGCUCAGUCACCAUGAGGGAGAUGUUCACACGAAGCUGCAGCAUUAGCACUGACGUUUAGCUAGCAGGUAUGCUAACCGCUAACUGAAACUUUAGAAACAACUGCUAGAGUGCCGAGCAUUCAGAAAGAUGGCCCAGUGUGUUCAGGAAAUAUAAAGGCAAAGAUGGGGUGAAAACAGAGAUUUGGAGAACCUCCUUAUCACUUGACCUCAGCUUCACUCCUGAAUCCCUUAUUCUGUUUUCAGUAACUGGAAAGAAGAUUCACAAUGGGACACCCGUUUUUAUGCUCUCCUUACUUUUUUCUGAAAAGACGCACCAAUACACAGGUACACUGGCAUCUUUUUCAGUAUACGGUGUGAAACGAAACUUUUGUAUUGUUCAUGUAGCUCGAGAAAUAUUAGCAAAAUAUUAAGUGAUUUAGCCAACGAUUUUGUUUUAUCAUACAUAGAAUGAAAAGCCCUAAACGGGCUUGCAAUAAAACUACUAGAUCGAAGUGUGCCAUCAGCAGACAACAACAUGAUGUAGGCGCUCGAUUACUGAGGUAACAAAUGGGAUGAGAGGCAUUAUUUUAUACUGAAGUUAUUAGUUUACACGUAUGAUUCUAUAUAUUGAUAGAUGUUUCCACAAUUGCAAGCUGUUUAUUCUUUUAGAUGUUUAAAUGAUUUGUUCAACCCAGGCUCAUUCUGAAAACGUACCUCUGUAUACAUUUCUGGAGAGCGCCAAAUAUAUCCCUGGAGCUACAUGGUUUUGCAGUUUUUGUUUUUGUGAAUCCCUGAGAGGCCACUGAGAUCUUAAAUUUCACUCGCGGGUACCUGUUGUUCUUGUGUAAAUCUAUUAGAUGACGCUGUGAACACUUUUUGAGAUCCCAAAUUUCUCUUGCGCCUGUUGUUCUCAUGUAAAUCCACCAGAGGCCAAUGUCGACUGACUGUUCGACUGACUCAAGUACUGACUGACCAAUUGACUGACCCACCCUCUCCUUCCCUAAACCAGGCCCGGCGCUACGGGCGGGCAAAAGGGGGCAUUGCUCCCUCAUAAAGAAUUUGUGCCCCCUCAGUUUUCAUAAAGGAUUAGUUUACUUUAAAGUGAAAAAUCUUACUGUCAUUAAUUACUAACACUCCCGACAUUCCAACCUUCAGAACACAUAUUUAGAUAUUUUAUAAUAUGAAAAAGCAAUUAAGUCAUGAAAAUUGUGAAAUUAAAGCAAAGAUCUGGUCCCCUUGUCAGGUCAGGGUGUACCCAUGUAAACACGAACGCGACAGUGGAGGUGCAUUCUAAACUCACAUGGAAGAAAACUGGACUAGUGGACGACAUAAAGACGAGCAGCCUAAUUUAUUACAUGUUUUGGUUAAGUAACUCUUUAAAUACAACUCUCUUGACCUCUUAAGGGAAGAAAAGCAAAAGAAAUUUGCUGUUCAAUUAAUUUUAGCAGAGAUGUAGAUGCUAGUCAUUUUUACAUUCGUUUUUCAUUUAGGGAUUAUUAUUAGAGUAGCCGUAGUUGGACACUGCACAGUCCCACAGUAGUCUAAAUUAUAAAUAAUAUUAUAAUUUAUUAUUCAUUAUUAUAAAUAUUGACAAAACACAGAACCUUUUUGAAUGUUUGCUUUCAUUUUGGCAUCGCCUAACCGCACUGUUCCAGUUGUGAAAAGAAAGCAUCUUAGAAAAUGCGAAGUCAAGUUUACAGUAUAAACGCAAUAGGUUUAUGGUGCGUGAUGGCGAUUUGCCACUGAUCAACCUCUCACAUACGCUGCAGGCUGAAGGAUAAUCUUUAAAAAAAAAUGUAAUUUAAGCUAUUGUGCUAUUUUCUCAUGCAAAAUUAAACACCAUAAAAUAUAUUGUUGGCCUAUUUUAACAGCUAAAAUACAGUUAGCAUAUCGAUUUUAUUUUGACAUGUAGCUCAUGGCCAUAAAAAAUGAAAAUGUAACCUGAUCACAAGUAAUUAAAAUAGGCUAAAUAAAUAAAUAAAUAAAAUGACGAGUAGGCCUAUUUGCCUAAUGGUUUAUGGUGGCGUUUUUACAAAUGCCAACCGGUAAAUUUCACGAAAAAA